UCUCUUGAGGCCGAGAGUCGCUGCUUCGUUGCUUGCAUCCAGUACGACGCUGUACCGGGAUGCUAAAAUGGCUGCAAGCAACUAUUUUGGCUUCACACAUGGUGCCGGUCCACAGUACAGUACCCAGCCUCCCCCUUCCUACUCCCUCCCCUCCACAGCCACCUACAGCGUCCAGCAGGCCUCAGCCGUGCCCCAUGUGGUGACGGCGUCCUACUCUCCAGCUUCAGUUCAAGCUGCUCGGCCUGUUGCCUCGUCUCCUUACCCCACCUACCAGAGCCACCAGGCGCCCCCCGACUUCACCUACAGGCAGCCAGAUCCGCCUCAGCCGACCACCACGCCACAGACGUACCAGGUAUUCUCGGACAUGGAAAACUACAACUACGGACGUCCUGCUGCCGUGACAACCUACGACAACAAACAGUACUACCAGACCAGCAUAGCCUCAGCUCAGAGGGCACACACUGAGAAUUACUACCAGAGCGGAGUAAAGAGUGCUUACAGCCCAGCCUCCUCAACUAUUUAUAACCAGCCUCCUCCAACCCAGAGGCAGGUGGCCGCCCUAAAGCCGCUGGUUCCCUCCAGCUCUGUGUCCACCACUUACAACGUCUAUCCCGUGGCCACCAGUGUCCAGCAGCCUCCGGCGCCCAUUUCCUCCUACACCCUCGGCUCCACCUUUAGCUCCUCGGCUGCUGCCACUUCCUACUCGGGCCUAAACUACUCCAGUUAUGAUUCGGCCGGCUACACCUCUGCAUCCACCCCCUCGUAUUACCAGCCGGCCCAGCAGACUCUGCCCCAGGGUCCCCCGCCGCAGUCGCAGCAGCCUCAGCCGUCCGUCCAGCAGCAGCCCAAGCAGCUGACCAGCUCCUCCUGGAGCAACUCGGGGAGCAACAUGGUGACGGCUCCAGCUGGAAAUGCCUACAAGAAGCCGGCGUUUCAUCAGAACAAGCUGCAGAGACCUAAAGGGCCCCCCAAGCAGUCGCAGCUGCAUUACUGUGACAUCUGCAAGAUCAGCUGUGCUGGACCGCAGACGUACCGGGAGCACAAUGAAGGCCAGAAGCAUAAGAAGAAGGAGGCGGCGCUGAAGGCGGGGGCCCAGUCUGGGGCCAGCAAUGGGCCCAGAGGCGUUCAGACUCAGUUACGCUGCGAGCUGUGCGACGUGUCCUGCACUGGCGUGGACGCCUAUGCCGCCCACAUCCGUGGAGCCAAGCACCAGAAGGUGGUGAAACUUCACACAAAGCUUGGCAAGCCUAUCCCAUCAUCGGAGCCGGUUCUGGUGAAUUCUGCUCCCAUCCUCGCUUCCUCGUCGGCGGGGAAACCUCCAGCAUCUCCCGCCUCCUCGUCGCCCUCGACCGCUGCAGCGCCUGCUGCUAAACUCAAGCAGACGGCUGGAAACCCCCCCGCCAAAGCAGUCCUGCCAGUGAAGAAACCAGCUUUUAGCAAGAUGUCUGCCGCCGCUCACAAGCCGGUCGGCGCCCGUGCGGUGACAUCAGCGGCAGAAGAGCCGGUUCUGCCCCCUGUCCCGAAGCUGAAGCCACAGAGCGAAGACGAGGGAGCUGGAGGCCAGGGGGACAUCCAGCCUGUUGGACACGACUACGUGGAAGAGGUUCGUAACGAUGAUGGAAAAGUCAUUCGGUUCCACUGCAAACUAUGCGAGUGCAGCUUCAAUGACCCGAACGCUAAAGACAUGCACCUGAAAGGCAGGAGGCACCGGCUGCAGUACAAGAAGAAGGUGAACCCGGAGCUUCCUGUGGAGAUCAAACCCAGCAACAGGGCCAGGAAGCUACAAGAGAGCAAACUGAAGAAGCUGAAGCAAAAGGCCGUCCUGAAGAGACAGCGAGACGACGAGCAGCACUGGCAUCUGGAGAUGAGGCGCUAUGAGGAGGACAUUUACUGGAGGAGGCUGGAGGAGGAGCAGAUGUAUUGGGGAGAUCAGAGGCGCAGAAUUGCACCUCCUCCUCUGAUGAGUCGCCCCGGUAUGCCAGUGCCCCCUCUGCUGACUUGUGUCCGUCGGCCGGACUCCUCUGACGAUCGCCACAUCAUGGCGAAGCACUCCACCAUUUACCCCGUGGAGGAGGAGCUGCAGGCUGUUCAGAGGAUCGUCUCGCACACGGAGAGAGCGCUCAAGCUGGUGUCAGACUCCCUGCUGGAAAAGGAGGUGCCAGCUCCUGCUUCAACCUCUGAGGAUGGGGAGGAAAAGAGUGCUGACAGCGCAGCGCGGCUGCUGAAAGGUGUGAUGAGGGUGGGUAUUCUGGCCAAAGGCUUGUUGCUGCGCGGGGACAGAAACGUGGAGCUCAUCCUGCUGACGGCCAAGAAACCCACCGUCACGUUACUGAAGACCGUCGCCAAACAGCUGCCGAAGGAGCUGGAGAUAUUUUCUGAAGAUCAGUAUGAGGUGCAGGCUCGCCCCGAAGAGGCCAACAUCGUCAUAAUUUCAAGCAAGGAGCCCCAAAUGCAGGUGACCAUUUCUCUCACCUCGCCGCUGAUGAGGGAGGACCCUGCCGCUGAGACGGACAAGCAGGCAGGAGGAAAAGCGGCGGAGAAAGAUGCUUUUGACAAAGAUCCUCCAGAUCUUCUCAGCAAGAAGAAAUGUUUGGAAAACCUGGCAGCUCUUCGGCAUGCCAAGUGGUUUCAGGCUCGUGCUAACGGGCUACAAUCCUGUGUGAUCAUCAUCCGAGUGCUGAGAGAUUUAUGCCAGCGGGUUCCCACCUGGGGGAAGGUGCCCAGUUGGGCGUUGGAGCUUCUGGUGGAGAAGGCGAUCAGCAGCGCCGCCGGUCCACUCAGCCCCGGCGAGGCCAUGCGGAGAGUUCUGGAGUGCAUUUCCACGGGCGUCCUGCUGCCGGAUGCGCCGGGUCUGUUGGACCCUUGUGAGAAGGAGCAAACGGAUGCUCUGAAGGGCGUGAACCUUCAGGCCCGGGAGGACAUCACGGCCAGCGCACAGCACGCGCUGCGGCUGCUCGCUUUCCGUCAGAUCCACAAAGUCCUGGGCAUGGAGUCGCUGCCGGCGUCCAAAGCCAGCGCUCGCAACCGCAAACGCAGACGGGACGUCGGCGAGGCGGGGGAAGGCGAGGGAGAGGGCAAAAAGGACAAGAAAGAAGAAGCAACAAGCGCUUGACUCUUGCCUCCGGACUGGACGGGUUUGCUGUUCAGAAGCUGGUAGAAAGUUGAAAAGACUGAAAGAUUUCUUACCUUGGAAACAGAACGUAAAUAUAUAUAUAUAUAUAUAUGUUACAUGUCUAGCCUUUAAUAAAAGCGUAAGGACUGAGGAGGGGGACCUGGGAUUCUCCUGUGGGAUCGACAGCGUGCGGUGAAUCGGCUGGUUCCCGCCGCCCCCCUUCAUCCAUUCACCUCUGUCGUUGAACCGCUGGUCCCACUGGUACUACUGAGUACCGCUGGUACCGCUGGUACUACUGAGUACCGCUGGUACCGCUGGUACUACUGAGUACCGCUGGUACUACUGAGUACCGCUGGUACCACUGAGUACUGCUGGUACCACUGAGUACUGCUGGUACCGCUGGUACUACUGAGUAACACUGGUACCGCUGGUACUACUGAGUACCGCUGGUACCACUGAGUACUGCUGGUACCACUGAGUACUGCUGGUACUACUGAGUACCGCUGGUACUACUGAGUAACACUGGUACCGCUGGUACUACUGAGUACCACUGGUACCGCUGGUACUACUGAGUACCGCUGGUACCACUGAGUACUGCUGGUACCACUGAGUACUGCUGGUACCGCUGGUACUACUGAGUAACACUGGUACCACUGGUACUACUGAGUACCGCUGGUACCACUGAGUACUGCUGGUACUACUGAGUAACACUGGUACCGCUGGUACUACUGAGUAACACUGGUACCACUGGUACCACUGGUACCGCUGAGUAAUGAGCGCUCUAAGCUGGAGUGGUCAGUGUUUCUGUUCAGACAAAAACACUGCUGCUAUUCCAAACCGUCUGACCCUCCGACUCUGACGACUCACCUCAGCGCUGCUGCUUUCAUAAAAAGACCCCCCCCCCCCCCCCCUCUACAGCACUUAGGAAGCUUUAUCUCAUCUUCUCUGAGGGAAACAACACAGACACUACUGUAGGUUUUCUGCUUUCAGAGAAAGUCAAAAAAUAGGUCAUGCCGCCAACAAAACAGGAACUCGCCCUCUGCGCUUUCUGCAAAGGGCCGCUUUUCUCAGGCGGUUUCUAUUCCACUGGCAUGGCGAGGCAACCGCGUCUGCAACAACUCUGUCUUUUAGGAACUGCACACCCAGAGUUGUGUUUCUGUAUCCCAGAAGUCCAGCAGAGGAGACAACAUCUUAGUGCCUGCAUCACGUCAAAUGUAACAAAAGACCAAGUCUGGGGAACACGGAGCGUCUUUGACUGAUUGUUGUGUUGGUUUUUAUUUGAUGCAUUGCAAAGUGGACUGAGCGUGGCACAAAGCUGGGCCUGGAGAGCUGCUCUUACACGUUUGUUGUGUGUUUUUUUUUCCGUUUUAAAGAAGACCCUCAUCAUUAUGAGUCUGGCCUGUUUUAUUCCUGAGGGGGGGCUGCAUCUGUUUUGUAUUGUAGAAACAGGAAGUGUGUGAACGUUGCUGUUGUUUGGAUGUAUUUGUGUUGCCCUGAAAUUGAGGGGAAACAUUAAAACCCAAAACAAUAAAAUCUGCAGUUA